UUGAAUGCAAACAAGCACUGCAACUCGUGUUUUCUAGAAAGAACUCCAUCUUUCUUUUUCUUCUACUAGAAACAACUAGUCAUUUUUUUUGGAUAAAGCUCCUUUCAAUUCUGAGGCUCCAGUAACAGUAACAAUGUCAGCAUACCGAUGGAAAAGCUUCGAAGAGAACGAAGACCGCCCCUCAAAGCCACGCCGCUACGGCGUCACCGAAAUGCGAAGCCCUCAUUACACUCUCUUCAACCACAAUGUUCUUCAGGAUAUUUUUGAAUCUAUGGGAGAUUAUGUUGAUGGUUUGAAAUUUUCAGGAGGUUCUGACAGUUUGAUGCCAAAAGCAUUUAUCAAACAAGUUAUUGAUACUGCUCAUCACCAUGAUGUUUAUGUUAGCACUGGUGAUUGGGCUGAACAUAUCAUUCACAAAGGUCCUUCAGGAUUCAAAGACUAUGUGGAGGAAUGUAAGCAAUUGGGGUUUGACACAAUUGAGCUGAAUGUGGGUUCCCUUGGUGUUCCUGAAGAAACCCUUUUGAGAUUUGUUCGCUUGGUCAAAACUGGUGGUAUGAAAGCUAAGCCUCAUUUUGAAGUUAAGUUCAAUAAGUCUGAUAUUCCCAGAGGUGGUGAUAGAGCUUAUGGGGCUUAUAUUCCUCCAGCACCUAGAUCAUAUGAAUUAGUAGAAGAUGUGGAUCUCUUGAUUAGGAGAGCUGAGAGGUGUUUAGAAGCGGGUGCAGACAUGAUAAUGAUUGAUGCUGAUGAUGUCUCCAAGCAUGCUGACAAUAUGCGCGCCGAUGUUAUUGCGAAGAUCAUAGGGCGCCUUGGUAUUGAGAAGACUAUGUUUGAAGCAUCAAAUCAGAGCGCAUCCGAAUGGUUUAUUAAACAAUAUGGUCCAAAUGUGAACCUUUUCAUUGAUCAUUCCCACUUGGUAGAUGUGGAGUGCAUCCGAGGACGCAACUUAGGUAGAAAUCAUGCUUCUGUUCUUGGUUCUUCGUAUUUCCUGUUCUGAAGUGAUGUGUAUCUGUAUUGCACCCUGUGGGAUUGACUUCUGGUUUAUGUAAAAAGUCUAGUGUUGUCUAUUGCAGUGGUGUUACCUUGUUACAUUUCCUUCAUUGGGUGAAGAUAGAGAUGACAUAAAUUGAGUGAUUGAAAUAAAUCAAUGUAUUAUUAUCCAAUUUCAUGGUAGAUUUCCUUUCAUAUUUGGGAGCACGAAGAAUUUUGGUUUA